CGACCGCGGAGCUUCCGUCCCGGACGCGGGGCGUCCCUCAGCCGCCAUGGCCGGGCUGUCGCGUACGCUCGGCAUCUUCGGCUGCUUCGUGGCCGUGGUGGGGGCCGCCUUCUACCCCAUCUACUUCCGGCCGCUGCUGCUGCCCGAGGAGUACAAGAGAGAACAGUCAAUAAACCGAGCUGGCAUUGUUCAAGAGAAUAUCCAGCCUCCAGGGUUAAAAGUAUGGUCUGAUCCAUUUGGAAGAAAGUAACGUUGUCAGCCUGGUGCACUUCAAGGCAGAACUGAAGAUGAACUUCUUCAAUUAUUUCUUCUUAAAUUGAAGUAUGCCUUUGGGCGUCACUUGAGAAGAAUUCUGAUUAUGCUGUGUGGGCACAUGAGGAGCAACAAAUGCUACUGGUUGGAAAGCCAAGAGGAAAAAACAUCCCAGUUUUGGCAGGGUGCUGUGGUACAAUGGACAGACUGCUAGGGAGGUGACUGUUUCUCGUGUUUAGAAGUAAAAUAUUUACUUCCUUGAGAAAAAGGAAGAACAAUUAUUUUUGUGGUUAACCUGUAAACAUUUGGAGAACAAAUUAUGAAUAGAAUAAAUUAUGCAGACCACUGCAGUUUCCUCCCUAGUUUGAAAAUUACUUUCUGUGGUGUAAUUUUGAAAACAUGAUAGAAGUUUAUACUGAGAAAGAGCAGUGAAGAUUUGCUCUCUCUUGGGCAGAAUAUAACAUGGUAAGUGAGAAUUUGUGCAUUAAAAUUUCUUCCUUUCAAA